AUGAUUCCCAGUUGGUCCAGCUUUUUAAAGAUUCCCUCACUUCUGCUAUAUAUUCAGGGUGAUUCUGAUGGUUAUAAUGAACUUGUUGGGUUGAUGCAUGGCUUAGGCCAAGUCGUUGGAUUGAUGCAUCAUAAUGAAGGCUUAAGCCCGGACGUAAUAGCUUUUCAGGUUUCUGCGCUCAAGACUUUAAGGUCGGCAGUUUCUUGUAUUGAUAUUGUUCACCACCGAUCUCUUCUUGAAGCUGCUCCUUUGAAUUCAAACUUUCUUCAUUUGUGUUUGGAUAUGCUGGUUUGUGAUUUUGUUCCACCUGGCUAUCUCUUAGCUUCUUUGAAAUGGCCUCGUGAUGUCAAAAAGAAGAAUCAAGUACUCGAUCGUGUUCAUUCGACAUUGAAAGCUAUACUUGGUUUACAGGGUGCGUCUGCUGCUUUCAUUUUGGAAAAAAUAGUUAUCCAGAGAAUGCCAACCAAAUAUAUGGAAUCCCAAAUAAUCGUUAUGUAUGUGGAGAACAUGCCAAGGUUGGAGAGUGGUACAAUGGGUGAACUUGUUGGGAGGUCAAUGCUUGCGGGAGUUGUAGAUAUGCUUGUCGAGCUGGAUGCGGCGAUAGUUUGGGAUGAUAUAUUACAGGAUGAUUUAACCAAAGGCAUUUUCGACAUGGAGCUGGACAAUUACCUUGAAGGCCCUCAAGAUGACUUUGAGUGUGAUGGUGAUCAGCCUUGUAGAGAGAAUUGGAUACAAAAGGUUUUGGGUGGGAAUCUAAUGGCCGGGAAAUUGGACAGCUUGAUGGUUGUCACAUUUGAACACCUUAAGCUCUCAAAUAGUAAUGGUCGUCUGCAUCUAGUUUUUGGGAUCCUCCUCCAGUCAUUUAUGGAAAAAGUUCUGACCACGGAUAAACCCAAGUUUGGACAGUUUGUGAUAUUCUAUAUGUGCUCUUUGGAUCCUGACAAUUGCGGACAACAAUUUGCCAUCACUCUUUUAAAUACAUUUCUGAGCAGCAGUUGUCCACCCAAGAGAAUGAGUGCUGUUGCUUAUCUUGCGAGUUACUUGUCUCAUGCAAUGUUUGUAUCCACACCUUUGGUAGUUCAUUUGUUGGAAAGACUGGUAAAUUGGUGCUCUGAUUAUUGCAAGAAUCAUGAUGGACAUAGUAACCAAAGACCACGUAAAGAGUUUUAUACUGCUUGUCAGGUAUUGUUAUGUCAUCUUGAUUCAGGACAAUUUGAUGAUCAGUUGUCGCCUAUUUGCCGUGCAUUCUAUGUGGCAUUUAUGUAUGUGCUUUGCUUCCGUACGAGAUCUAUUAUUUCGGUCCCCCGUCUCGGAUCAAAACUAGUUUUAAUGCGGAUAGAUGAAAUCUUGAAGCAUCCUUUGAACCCAUUGAAGAAAUGCUGCCAAUCAGUAGUUGGAGAAUUUCUCUCUGCAGCUAGAUCCUCCCGCUUAUUUACUGUGCCUGAGAAUUUGGUGAUAGUAGAAUCAGAACUCGCUAGGGCUUUUGGUAAUGAAGAAGAAAGGCCUGACAUGUUUUUCCCCUUCGAUCCAUGUUUGCUCAAGAAGUCUGAUAGAUUCAUCAGGCCGAACUUUGUGUACUGGUCGAUGGUCAGACAUCCUUAUGACAUACAAGAUGACGACAAUGAUGUAGAUAGCAGCGACAAAGAUGCAGCUGAAGUUACUACGCGAGGUAAUAGGAUGAUGUUAGAUGAUGAUGAUGAUGAUGAUUAG